AUGGGGAGCGUCAACGUGAAUCGCAAUCUCACCGACCAGUUCUACCGCUACAAGAUGCCCAAGCUCAUGGCCAAGGUCGAGGGCAAGGGCAACGGCAUCAAGACGGUCAUCGUCAACAUGGUCGAGAUUGCCAAAGCUCUGAACCGUCCUCCAAUGUAUCCAACCAAGUACUUUGGCUGCGUCCUCGGCGCCCAGGUGAACUGCGACGUGAAGAACGAGCGCUACAUAGUCAACGGAUCUCACGACUCGGCGAAGCUGCAGGACCUGCUGGACGGCUUCAUCAAGAAGUACGUGCUGUGCGCCUCCUGCGACAACCCGGAGACGACCAUCUUUGUGCACCAGAAGAAGGGCACCAUCAGCGCGACGUGCAAGGCCUGCGGCUACACUGGCAACAUCAGUCUCACGGACAAGCUCUCCACCUACAUUCUCAAGUGUCCGCCGGACAUGAACACCGGCCCGGGCGCCUCGGUGAGCAAGAAGCUGAAGAAGAAGGACAAGAAGGACGCCAACGGCCGCUCCAGCCCGCACGACUCGGACGAAUUCAACGACACCGGCCUGGGCGAGAACGGCGACGACGACGAUGACGGUGACUGGUGCGAGAAUCCGCAGGAGAUUGAGGAGCUCACCGGUGGUGCCAAGAAGCUGACGUUGAACGCCGAUCUGGAGAAGUCGGUUGACGAUCGCAUGCAGAUGUUCUACGACUACAGUAGUAAACGACUGACUGCGGAGACGAUUGACGUUGCAGUGCAGAAGGAGAUUGUCUCCGAGGCUGAGCGACUGGAUGUGAAAGACAAGGCAGUGCUUGUUCUCUGCGAGCUGCUCUUUAAGGAUCCGCUCAAGCUGCAAAAUGUCAUCAAGGCCAAUCGAACUCUGUUUCUGCGCUUUACUGCGGAGAACACCAAGGCCCAGAAGUACCUGAUUCGCGGCCUCGAGCUGACCAUCAAGCUGUUCCCCAAUGAGCUGCUGCCUCGCGUUGCGCCCAUCCUCAAGAUUUUCUACGACCUGGACAUUCUCGACGAGAAGGUCAUCAUUGACUGGUCCUCAAAGAAAAAGUCCGCCGUGAAGCAGCUGGCCAGUCAGAUCCACGAGCGCGCCCUGCCCUUUGUGAAGUGGCUGAAGGAGGCGGAAGAGGAGGACUCGGACGACAGCGAGGGCGACGAGGAGGACGAGGACGACGACGUGGAGGUGGUCUACGACGAGCGCAGUCGCCCCGACAAGAUCAUGGAGGUGAAGGAAGAGCCGAAGGUGUCGCCGAAGAAGGCCGUCGUGGACGCCAUCAAGAAGGAGGAUGACAUCGACAUUGAUGCCAUUUAA